AUGAUCGUCGAAGGAGAUGCGAAGUCCGGCAAAUUGUACCAUCUGUCUUGCUUCAUUCAAAGCGGUCAAUGUCCCUCGGAAAUCAAUACAUUGAAAGGUUUUCAACGAUUGAAGAAAGUCGACCAACAGGCGGUUCUGCUAGCUCAAGAAGAAACCAAAAAGGAGAAUAAAAAGCGUCCGGCACCAGACUCUGCGGAUGCACCCGUUGCGAAAAAGUCUAAAGUAAAAAAGGAAGAAGAGUCCCUACAGGAUGCUUUGAAGACACAGAGUCGGUUGUUGUGGAAGUUGCAUGAUGAUUUGGAACGUGAGGUAUCCAAGGACGCACUGGUCGGCCUGCUCGAAUACAACGAACAAUUUGUGCCCACCGGAUUAUCCAAUUUGCUUGACGCCGUGUCCGAUGCCAUGCUGUUCGGCGCUCUGGCUCCCUGUCCGACUUGCAAAAACUCGUCGUUACGCUAUACAAAUGGACAGUACAAAUGCACGGCCAUGGCUACCGAAUGGGCCGCAUGUCUCUACUCCACACGCGAACCGGUUCGGGUUCCAUUCAAAGUGCCCAAAGAGUAUCACGAUGUGGAUUUCCUGCGAAAAUACAAAUACAAAGAACGGAAACGUCUUUUCGCGCCCGACUCGGAUAUUAAAGUGCUUCAGAAUAAACCGUUCGCGAACCGUACCGUAUAUGUUGUGAACGGUUCACAUCAAGACGGCAAGACAAAGGAGCAACUGUCUGAAGAACUAAAGGUCUUGGGUGCCACGAUAUCCUCUAAGUUCGUGACUCCUGGUCAAGAAGAUGUGAUGCGAGUAAAAUUCAAAGGCGGAGCAGUCGUGGAUCCUGAAUCCGGUCUUGAUACAAAAGCCACUGUGAUGCGAGACUCUCGAGGCACACCGAUGACUGCCGUUCUCGGCAUGGUUGACUUGGUUAAAGGAUGCAAUUCGUUUUACCGUUUGCAAGCAUUGAAGCAAGAUACCGGUGGUCAUUCGUUCUGGGUGUUUCGUGCCUGGGGUCGGAUCGGAACAACAAUUGGUGGAACAAAACUGGAAAAGUUUACCACCGAAAGUGCAGCACGUCAAAACUUUGAAGCCGUUUAUCUGGAGAAGACCGGGAACGAGUGGCGCAACCGGGAUCGGUUCGAAAAGGUCCCACACCGUUUCUACGAAAUGGAACUGGACUACGGUGAUACAUUGUUGCUCGGGGAAUCCACACGCUUUUACACUCUGAUCCCACAUGAUUUUGGGAUGAAAACACCACCGUUGUUGGACAAUAGAAAAAUGAUCAAAACCAAGCUACAAAUGUUGGAAGAUUUGCGUGAAAUCGAACUGGCCUACAGCAUUCUGAAACAGGGUGGUACUGGAGAUGAGCAUCCGGCAGAUCAACACUAUCGUCAACUGAAAACAAAUCUCCGACCCAUGGACAAGACAUCCGAGGAGUUUGCACGUAUUCAGCAAUACGUGUCGCUCACUCACGCAGCCACGCACUCCAACUACAAGCUACAAGUGCUGUCCGUUUUCGACGUGGAGCGUGCGGAUGAAAAAGCUCGUUUUGAAAGUUACCGAGGUGCACAACACAAUCGACAGCUCCUGUGGCACGGUUCUCGGCGCACCAAUUGGGUCGGUAUUCUGUGA